UCUCAGGCCGGGUAGGACCCCAGCAACAACUCUGCAUUCGGAUAAACCUAUGAAGAUUGGGCUUUACAAUCGCUAUCCAUCCUCCGAAUAGACAUCGUUUCUUGGAAUUAUAUCGCUGUCAUUGACAAGAAGAUAUUCUCAAAUAGUUGAAUCCGAAUCAGAAGGCACUGGGAAGAGGCGCAAAGAAAAAUUUUCAUACUCGAUGACAUUACAUCGAAAUGUCCGAUCGUUUGGGGCAAAUAACCAAGUCCAAGGAUGGGAAAAGCAAGUAUUCCUCACUCAGCUUAUUUGACAAGUACAAGGGAAAAUCAAUAGAAACUCAGAAAAAUACAGUAGUUCCGCGACAUGGCUUACAGAGUCUUGGCAAAGUGGCCACAGCCCGGCGCAUGCCCCCACCUGCUCACCUGCCGAGCUUGAAGUCUGAAAACAAAGGAAACGAUCCCAACGUGAAUAUAGUCCCCAAAGACGGUACAGGAUGGGCGAACAAGCAGGAACAACCCGAUCAAAAGAGUUCCACUGCGUCAGUGCCACAGCUGCCGGAGUUGCAGCCGCAGCUGGCUUUGCAGAAGUCUGUCUCCAAUCUUCAGAAGUCCUUACCAGUGGCCAGCCUGGAGAACACAAACACAGGUGGACCAAAGCAAUGGGCCCAACUAAAUGGCAAGGCAGUAGAGCAAGAUGGUUCAAGGGCCUCAAACCGACUUCAGCCCUUCUCUCACGAGGAAUUUCCCACCCUGAAGGCAGCUGGAGAACAGGACAGAGUUGGCAAGGAAAGAAGCGGCUUCGAUCCGUCGUAUGGGCCCGGACCAAGCCUCCGCCCCCAGAAUGUGACGAGCUGGAGGGAAGGUGGUGGCAGGAACCUUCAGCCCUCAUCCCUGACCCUCAGCCUGCCAGCAGAUCCUGAGGGUAAGACCACUGCCCAGGGUGAGACUGGCACUCCUCCAGUCUCAUCCACUCCCUCCGCUGCCACCAGUAUCACCUCAUCUAGCGUCACGACGGCUCAGUCACCGGGUGUCGACUCCAAGGAGCCUUCACUCCGACCCGCCCAGCCUGUGCGCAGACUUGCCGUCCCUACUGCCCUGCAGUACCAGCUCCAUCACACUUCAAAUGCUGUCUACCAUGACAUGUUGCCUGCAUUUAUGUGUUCUAAAGAGACUCGUGAAACUACUGGCCCAGAUAAUGUAACGUCUACUACAGCAGCAGCCCCAGCUCGAUUUGACAGCAAACCCACUUUCAGGCAAAGUUUUGCCAAACCAGAACUUUUAAAUGGUGAUGCUAGAAGAGAGAACCGCUUUGUUCGUGUCCCCCCUCGACCCUCCUCUCAGCCCAUCCGCAGGCCUGGUGACAGAACACAGCGCCCAGCUAUUAUUAAUCCAGAGGACCUGAAGGAUCUUGAUGAUCUUGACAAUGACUGUGAGGAUGGAUGGGCUGGACUUCAUGAAGAAGUUGAUUACAGCGAGAAGCUUAAGUUCAGUGAUGACGAAGAAGAACACGCUACUGGUGACAGGAGCAAGAUAUGGAAUGAAUGGGAGAGGGAGAACCAACGGGACCGACAAUCUUCCCUUAGUUCAGGGGAACAGUCUUAUUCUCAAGAAGCCCUUGAGGAAAAUUACUCGUACCAACAUCAUCACCAUGAGGCUCCCAGAAAGCUCAGCAACAGAUAUCUCUCUGACAGCCAGGCCCAGCAGAAAAACCACGUUGAACCUCUAGCUGACUCUGAUGAUUACCAGCGGCCUCAGAGCCAGGCACCAGCUAGGGGAAAAUAUGUGACGCCUGAGCUUUCUGAAGCAGUUGAGAGAGCCCGCAGACGUCGGGAGGAGGAAGAGAGACGUGCUCGUGAGGAGCGACUAGCUGCGUGCGCUGAAAAACUCAAGAAGUUGGACGAGAGAUUUGGGAAGACUGAAAGACAGAUGUCCAGGGUAGACGAUUGCUCAAAGGAGACGGAGGGCAAAGAAGCCCCGCUUUCCCCAGACGAGGAACAGAGUAAAGGCCAUAACGAAAGCUUGCUGUACAACACAAAAGAAGGAAGCGAGUGUCUGCCAGUCAACUCCUCUGGCAGUAGUUACCGUGACGAGCCUGGCUUCUCUACUCACCGCAGCAGUGAAGACGAUGGUCAGGAGCCCUCUUCCCCUUCAGAAGACUACAGUGGACGUCAACUCUCCAAAUCAGUUCCACCCCGCUUUCAGAAGCAGCCACAACACCUCCAGCAGCAGGAAUCUUUGCUUAAAAUGCAGCACUGGCAGCAGUCAGGUCACCCUCCUCCUUCAAGCUCAAGUCAUGCCCAGCGGAGCUAUUAUCCCCCACAUGUGCUUGGGUUUGAUCCCCGCUGGAUGAUGAUGCCACCUUUCAUGGAUCCACGCAUGGCUCAAGGACGAUCUCCUGUAGACUACUACUCUGGUUCUGUUCAUUCUUCAGGAGUGGUCAAACCAGUCAUGCAUCAGGACCACUUAAACAGUCCUGGUUCAGAUGAAGGAUGCCAUUCCAAGCUGCACCAAGAGAAACGAACACCAUCUGCUGAGCCUUACCCAGUGUGGAGUCAAGAUGGCUACCCGUUGCGCAGCUUCACUCCACCUUACCAGAGACAGCAUGAAACUUCAGACAGGGGCCAGUCUGGUGACAGAGAUGAUUCCCAUUCAGACCCAUAUGAAGACCGGGCCAAUGAAGGCUUGAGGUACACUCAAGAUGAUCUUGCCCAUCAUUCUUACCAAAGCAGAGGCUCAGAGAAAGAACACAGACACCAUGACCAAGGCCUUCUGACCACUGCUCAAAACCUCUCUCAAAACUUUUCAGACAGCGAAUGCUCAAAGCAAGAUUUUAGAGACAAACAUUUGAAAGAUGGUCUUGAAAAUCACAAUGACACUUUGGAUAGCUCUAAGGACAGUUGGAAAAGAGAUGGAGGCCUAAAACCAGACGGAGUUCUUAAUUCACAGAGUCAGUGGUCUGAGACCAGUUCCAGUAGUAGUGUCAGCCAGCCCUCUGAGACCAUUGGGCGAAUAUUAACUCGCAGAACUGGCCCCAUUAAGAAACCUGUUCUUAAGGCUCUUAAACUGGAAGACAAAGAAAAUGAAAAGCCUAAAUCUGAGCCUGAAGAGAAACCUGUUCCUUAUCGCCUGGAGAAGGAAGUCCUCACUAAUGUUUAUGACUUAAAGAAAGAUAACCAGCCUACCAACCAUAGGCGUCCAGCCUCACCUGUUGCUGAGAAACCAUCUGAAGAAAGGCAGCAUCAGUCACCACUUCCUAGUAAAACAGACAGACCUCAAAGCACCCAUAGUGACGAUUUUCCUAAAGAAAAUGCCUGGAGUACUGGCAAAAGUCAGAUACCAAGAGAAAAUCCAGAAAGUCGAGAUUCUCAGGCACCACGUCGCAAUAAUUGGAUCUUCAUUGAUGAAGAACAGGCCUUCGGCUCAGUCAGGGGCACAGGUAGAGGUCGCAGCCGAGGCUUUAGGGAAUUUGGUUCUCGUGGUGGAACUCGUGGCGGUCGAGGCGGAGAUAACCUCAGAGGGGUGUAUAACAACGGCAGUGGUGUACAGCGGCCAGCCAGAGGUCGAGCACCACCCAGGGACCUUGUAAAGACUGAGGAGUAUCAGAGGGGCAAACCUCGCAGGCGAAAUGUUAGUGAGACCUUAAGUGAAGCAUCAGAGUAUGAGGAGCUUCCUAAGAGGCGUAAGCAGAAAGGAACGGAAAAUGGAGAAGGGCAAACAGAGUCUGGAGAAGUUCGAAAGGCUGAUAGAGACUCUUGGAGGUCCAACAAGAUCUACACAGAUGAGCAUGCAUCAGAUUCCAGAGAAAAGGCCAAGGUGAGGGGCUUUGGAGGUCGUGUUCUGCCUCCGAGGCUGAACGUCAGUGGUAGCUACAGUCGAAAUUUUGGAGGAUCCAGAGAUGUUUCCUCAUGGAGGGGCAGAGGACCCCAGUUUGGCAGCAACAGUGGCUCUGUGCAAGAGAAUGGUUACUGUCCUGGAGUAGAGGCUGCUUAUUCCCGCAGACUGCCAGUUGAGCGUGAACCUUUCAAGUACACGUCUAAAUUUACAAGCUCCUUUUUGGAGAAUGGCUCUGAGGACCGUGAAGGAGAAUACUACUUUGAGAGCGAGAACCCUGACAGACAGAUGCUACGAAGGCGCCGUCCUCCACGUCAAGACAAGCCUCCUCGCUUUCGUCGUCUUCGACAAGAACGAGAACCUGGAUCAAACCAGUGGACGAGCGAUGAGCACAUAAAUGGAGACUUUGCAAAUCCCUGGCAAGGUCGCACUAAAGGGAACAGUGAUGACCACUGGCCCAGUGGGCACUUCUCUGGACAUUCUAGCCAGCAUGGCCACACAGAGGAAUGGGAGACAGGAUCAGACAACAGUGACUUUGGGGAUUGGAGAGAGAAAAGGGGUGGAAGCGACGGCUUGGCUCCACAAGGACACGUUGAUGUUCCCUCAGAUUCUGGCCACAGUGAACCAGGCUCUGGUGAAAAGAGGGAGCUCUCCAAGAGAAGCUUCUCCAGUCAAAGACCACUGGUGGAGCGGCAGAACCGGAAAGGAGAGCCAUCGCUGCUAGAAGCAAGCAAGAUGAUACGCACACCUGAUAAUCCCCCCGCGUCGUCUAACAGGAGUGACAGCUGGCAGAAUGGAGGGACUACUUGUAAAAGGAGCCCAGAUGAGUCUGGUCCAGUCUACAGUAUAGAGCCACCAACAGAGGACAGGGAGCCCAGUGAGAUCUCAGGGAAGAAAUGUGACAAAGAACUGAAACCAGGACCUGUCAAGAUGGACUUAACUGAACCUCUCUCACAGUAUGAACUUGGUGGCUACCCAAUUGACGACACAGUGGGACGAAGUACAAACCCAGAUGGAUACCAGGACGCCUUGUCAAAAAAGCAACGACGUCCACAGGAAGAUGAGAGAAGGAGAAAGGAACAAGUAGCCACUGUCAAGAACAGGACUGUUGCCUCCAAGAUACCGCCUCGCUUUGUCAAAAAGCAGGGAAGCCUGAGCAUUGAACAACCUGAGGAAGCCAUUUCUUCACCUAACAAUCUAGGAACUGAAAUUUGGGAGACCAACAGUUCAGCUCUUUCAGUCCAGUCUUCAGGAGGAGAUUCAUGGACAAAACAAGUGUCUUAUACUGGGAGUGAACCCAACUCUGAGGAUUCUGAUGCUGGCCCAGAGCCAAACAAAGAACAGCACAAACCAGGGCCCAUCGGUAACGAACGCUCUCUGAAGCACCGUAAGGGCUCAGAAGGUGUUGAUAGGCUGGAAAGCGGACCCAUUACUCCGGUCAACGGUGUGGAUCUUCAUGUGGACUCGGUGCUGCCUGUGCCUCCAAUAGAGUUUGGUGUCAGUGCCAAAGACUCUGAUUUUAGCCUUCCCCCGGGCUCCGCCUCAGUGCCCGUAUCCGAUCCUGUUAACAAGCUUCAAGAUGCACUUGCUAACAAUACAUCUCUAAAUCAGAGUAUUCCGUUGUUACGUUCCAACCACCUGCAGCCUGGCAUCGGCCUCAACACCAUCUUCCCCAGUGCUGACCUAACCCUCAAGAUGGAAUCUGCACGCAAGGCUUGGGAGAAUUCUCAGUCCCUCCCAGAACAGGGCUCCCCUGGUGGGGUUGCUUCAGGUUCUCAGCCUCCCUGCAGCGUUGGUUCAUCCACUGGUGUUAGCUACAGCUCUUUUGGAGUUUCCAUGCCUCCAAUGCCUGUUGCAUCAGUGGCACCUUCCAUGUCCAUGCAAGGUAGUCCUAUCACCCCUUUGUAUAUGGAUGGCCACGUCUUUCAAAGUCAGCCACGCCUUGUGCCUCCCACUAUGACCCAGCAGCAGACCUAUCCACAGGCAGCUGCAGCCCAGCAGAUACCCAUCUCUUUGCACACAUCUCUUCAGGCUCAGGCUCAGUUGGGGCUUCGAGGGGGUCUGCCUGUCUCUCAAUCCCAAGAGAUGUUCAGCUCCAUCCCUCCGUUCAGGUCCCAGGUUUACAUGCACCCCAACCUGUCACAGCCCAGUCCCUUGGUGCUGUCUGGUGGAGGCCCUCUCAAGGGACCAUACUCGGCUUUCCCUGGUAUGCAGCCCUCAGACCUGGUGAAACCACAGUCCGGCUCCCACUAUCAGCCUUUGAGUGGCAGCCAGCAGCUAGUCUAUGAAAGCCAGAUGAACCAGGGGCCUGGUCUGGGUUCUUCCCAGCUGAUGGACUCUCAGCUCAUUCAGGUGACCAUGCCUCUUCCCGGCUCUCAACUGCGCUAUGGUUCAGCUCAGCAACUUAUCCUCCCGCAGUCAAUUCAGUUGCAGCAGGGGCAGAACCUGUCAGUAGGAGCACCACGCCGAAUGCUCCCACCCGGCUCCCAGCCUGCUGUCAUGACAGGCAGCAGAGAGGGCUCACAGAUGGAAAUGAAAGGUUUCCAGUUCUCUGAAAAGCCCAAUCAUUCCCCGGGCUUAUCCGGAGGUUCCUACAGACCUGGUUCUGCAAGCCCAAGUGGGAAGCCCUCUGGUCCUGGUGGACCUGUGCUACCCAUGCCUACCCAUUUUACUCAGCAGGUUUCACCUGCUCAAGGCAGUAUGGUAAUGCACAUGCGCCCCCCCACCGGUCCUUUCCCCAACCCCAUUCAAAGACCUGUGAUGCAGGGCAACAAGCCUGUAAUCAUCCGUUCCCCCCCUUACCCUAAUCCUGGCCGUGACCCUCCCCAUUCUACCCCCACUUCAGUCCCUGAGCCCCCUGUCAAAGGGCCAGAGGAUGGCAUGAAGAGUAAAGCAUUGCGAGAAGUGCGCAAGGCAAUGGGGGAGGGCAAAUCGCCACCAGGGGGCUUGACCAGCAAACUCCAGGAGCCCCUAACCUCCACGGGUCAAGCCAAACCAGCACGCACUGGAGCCAUCAAACCCCAGGCUGUCAAAGUAGAGGAGGGCAAAGCGUAACAAUGGACCUUUAAAAUCCUCAUUGCAGCCAAGCCUGCCAACACAAACCUUGACCGAUGGAGCCACUGUAAAAACCCAGCUGAUCCUGAGGCUCCAGGGCAAGGGGCGUACACAUGGACUUCCAGUACUGGACACUUAUUAUGUCACCCCAAGUAUAGAGAUAUAUAAAUAAAAAAUAUAUAAAUAUAUAUAUAUAUAUUACACAUACACACAGACCAUCUUUUAUUCAGAUCUCUUAAAGGUUCUCUUUAAUUUAUUAUUAGACCCUAAUAAAGAGAUGAGAGACAAGAUGCUUUGUGCUUUUCUUGGUAAGUGGAGAAAAGAGAAGAACAAAGUCCCAUGGUUCACUUUUCAUACUGUUUUCUGCCAAACUGUAUUCACUUCCUGUAAAUGGACUGUAGCCCUCAGAACCAGACACAACCCUUGAUAUAAUGUACUAUGAGAAGGAAGAGGUUGUUGUUUUUUUCUCUCUUUUUUGUUAACAACUUUGAAAUGCAGUGGGGCACAUUUGUCAUUUUCGUUCACAAUUUGCUGGUAAAUAAAAGUUGACUUCAUGACCACCCAUUCAAGCCACAUGUGAAGGACUUAUUUGAUUAACACGUAAAUCAAAAUCCGAGCUUGUCAACAUUGCAAAAAUAAAUUGUGUCACCCUGGAAAUGCAUCUCUGGAUGUAAGUAAUCAACACAGUUCCGAUCAAAAUUAUUUCUUUUCAAAAACUGUUGAAUUGUUUUUUUUCCCGUUGUUUUUCUCGCUGUUACAAAUACAAACUGUAAGGAAACAAAUAUGAACAUUUGUCAAAAUCAUGUCGCUUCCACCGGCUCUUCACUGGAACUGACGCAGCGUGUGCAUGCAUUGAGCUGAACGAGCAUAAACCCGCAGGACUCGUCUCGAAGCUGGCAACAUGUCACAAAAACUGUCUGAACUCUGCGUUUUUCACGUGGACGUCCACUGUAUGGAUUUGGAUCAAACUACUUGGCGGCAGUCGGACUCUUCGCAAACCUGGAGGGGGUUUAAAGUUUCACAAACCCUGUUAAGACCCCUCAAAUCGCUCAUUGAAAUGUCAGCUUUUGUAUCGCUUUGCUUUGGUUGUAAUGAAUGAAUUUGUCUGGUAAGGAACGUGGUUGAAGUGAUUUUGUGUUUUUUUUUCCACAUCCUUUUAUCUGGGGUGGUUUUCUGAAUUUUUAGGGUGGUAAAGGCUCCUCUAACUUUCACUUAGACCCUCCUGAGCUGUGCUGUGGGCAAUUGUGAAGAAAAUUUUAAUUUCUGUUUGUUUGUUUUUUAAAUCAGCACUUAUUUUCUGAAGCAGCACUAGCAAUAUAAAUGCAGCUUAACUAGAAUUACAAUCCGGGGGCCAAUAAUUUUUUUUUAAAUUAUCACAAAGGGCACCUAGAGUUUCUUGUUUAAUUAAAUUACUCCUUUUUUUCUGGCAAAUACAAAGACUUUCUAAGUGUUCUAUUUAAAAAUGUAAAGCCCCACCAUGUUUGUUUUUAGUUUUAUUUUUUUGAGGGUGGGGCUAUGUAUUUCACAGUACCAAUGUCUUUACCAAUUUAGAUGUUACCGCUUGUCAUCAUGCUCCAGGACACUACAAAAUGUUUAACCGUUUUUCACUGGUUUCUAUGUAAAUGCAUUUACUGACCUGUACAGUUGAGCCUUACCCCUUGAGGGGAGGCUUAAACACGCGUAUCAUUUUAAAUAUUGUGGCACUAUAAAGGACUUAAUGUUGGGAGGGGAGUUUAAAAAAAGAAGAAGAAAAGGUCACUGUGUUCUCAGAACGGACUGCUUUCACUUAAAGCUUGGAGUGUUUUUAUCUCUUACUGCAAAAGUUCUUGAUGCUUAUUGUAUCCGCACCAAAAUGCUGCCCUGACUUUUUGGUUUUUGUACUUUUAAGAUGCACUUUUUUUUUUUUUUUUUUGUCAGAGGACCAGUUCUUUCUGCUACUGAUCCUGUUUAUCCUGCAACUUUUGUUCUUUCAGAUAUUUGGUCAUUACUCAUCCUUGUUUCAAAAAAAGAGCCUAUUGGAGUGGGAAAAAUAAAGCAGUUGUGAUUUCUUAA